AUGGCGUCCCAACUAUUGUCCAAAAACACUAGCCUGUAUCAACGGUGUGAUAGAUCCAUAAGUAAUAGCGAUAAGGACAGUGGUGGUGGUGUCCUCAUUGCUGUUGGUUCUUCUCUUCUUUGCACCCAACUAACUACUUCUGUGACUGAUGUUGAGUGCGUCUUCGUGAAGGUUCUUACUAAGGCAUUCCCUCUCAUUCUGUGUGCAGCCUAUAUUCCCCCUAACAUGCCUAUUUCCAAAUAUGAACGCUUUUGUGAUGCCGUAAUAGAUGUGGCCUCAUCCAAUCCUGCAAUCGAUAACUUUGUUAUUCUUGGUGAUUUCAAUCAACCUGACACAAACUGGAAAGAUACGUCUUCCUGUUCGCUCAGCAGCGCCUCUCAAAGUCUUGUCAGCUUGGCAGAACUGCUUCAGCUUUAUCAGCACAACAGGAUUGUAAAUCACCGAGGUGUUAUUCUUGACCUAAUUUUUACUCCUUUUACUGACACGAUAGUAAGCCCAGCUGAUGAUGUGAUAAUCCCCGAGGAAUUAAAUCACCCACCAUUAAAUUUUUCAAUCAACCUCAAUUGUGCGAAGACCAAUUCGAACCCUUGCUCAAGUCACAACUUCAGACGAUGCAACUUGGAUGCCGUCUUUGCCUGGAUCCAGGGAUUGUCUUACCCAACGGUUGAUUCCACUAAAGCUGAAGAACACUUCACUAUAUUCUGUAGGAACCUUGCCGAUGUUAUCAAGCUUAACUCUCCCAUUAGGAACUCCAAAAGAUCAACCUUUCCCAAGUGGUUUACUGCUGAGCUCAGGCGCCUGGUGAUCGAGAAGAAAACUGUCCAUAGGCGUUUCAAAGAGACUGGUGAUCUCUCCUUAUACGAUUAUUUUAGAAAACUUAGAAAUCGGUGCAGGCAGUUAGCCGGUGAGUGCUAUCGUGACUAUACAAACUAUGUGGAGUCCGCCAUUCCUAAUAACAUUAAGGUUUUUUGGGCACAUAUCAACAGUCUGAAGAAAGCAAACAUCACAUCGAACCUGGUGUAUAAUGAUGUUGAAGUGGAUGAACCUAGCGGCCAAUGCGAGCUAUUUGCUGAUUACUUUUCGUCAGUCUAUACCAACAUGUCACUCCUCCCAUCAUCUGACUUUGACUUUAGAACUUCUGUCAACCUACAUAGCCUCGUUUUAAACUGCUCAACAAGUGGAAUCAAAACUUAA